AAUGGAGGAAUUAAUUGAAAUAAAUGCAAGAUUAGAAUUUGAAAAGAAGACGUCUUUCACAGAAAGUGCAAAUUUAGAAGAGGAGUUGGCUAGAGCAAAGUUUAAUGCUAGCAAUAACCUUUCAAAAUCUCUUGGUGAACAACUUAAAGAUUCGUCAAAUGCAAAGAUACUUCGCCUUGAGAUGGAGAAUAAUCGUUUAACGAAACAAUUAGCCGAAAUGAAAGAGAAUGCUGCCUUGGAAUCUGCACAACGCUUAAUGGAAGUUGAAAAGGAGAAUGCACGUCUUAGCCGAAAGGUCGAAAGCAUGCAAGAGGUUCAAUUGAAAGAAAAUGAACAAAUGAUACUUUUAGAAGAGGAAAAAGAAAAGCUAACAUCGCAAAAGGUUGGCUUAGAAAAGACUUUGGAUACUGUUAGAGAAAACAUGGAAAGGCAAUUAAGAGAGUUUAGAGUUGAGAAUGAACAGUUAAAUUUGAAUUUAUCAUCGUUAAGGAAACGUUGCGAAAAGACGAACGACAUUAAGGUUGGCGAGAUGGAAAAAGAAAAUGUUAGGUUACAAGAUACUGUUAAAGAGAUUACUACAAGAUUGAGAGAUCUUGAAUUUGAAAAAAAGAAAAGAGAAUCAAACGAUAACAAAAUUCAAGAAUUAGAAGAGGAAAAUGAAAGAUAUGAGAAAGAGUGUAAUGAUUUGCAUAAAAAGGUGGCUAAAUAUUCUUUCAUUGAACAUAAAUAUGAAAAGUUAGAGGUUGAAACAGCUGAUUUAGAGGCUGAAAAUCGGAAAUUAAAUAAAAUCGCCUCGAAUCUUCGUAUUCGGGUAGAGAAAGGAGAGGAGGCGGAAAAGCAAAACAUUGCCUUAUCAACAGAAAAUCAAAGGUUAAAUAGAUGUUUGGAAAGUGUAAAGAAUACUUCUAUGAAAGCUGUUGAUUUUGAACAUGAGAAAGAGGAUCUAUUGAGGGAGAUAAAUAAAUUAAAAAAUUUGAACAAUCUCUCUAAGGAAGAUAGGAGUAAGAAUGAAAAGUUACAAGUUGAAAAUAUGAAAUUGACCGCUGAAACUCGCAAAUUGAGAAAGUCUGUUGAAAUAGCUACGAGUCGCUUGGAAGAGGUUCUCAGCGAAAGGUCAGAUAUAGAGAGGAGCUUUGAAGAUUUGAAAAGGAAGGCUAACAGAUAUGAAGAGAUUGAGAAGGAGAUAGAAAAAUUUGAAACGGAAAAUGCCGAUCUACUUAAUUGCAAGGCGGAUUUGGAAAAUGAACUCCGGAAAUUACGGCUAAUUGUUGAGCAGAGUCAAAAGAACUUUGAGGAGGAACGCUCCAAGUCGGUUGUUGUUGAGAGAGAAUUAAAACAAGUAAAGAGAAUUGCUGAUAGAUAUUUGGAAACAAACGUCAAAAUUCAAGAGUUAGAGUCAGAUAAUGGUGAAUUAGCUCAAAAGUGUGGAGUUCAGAGUAGGGAGAUAACUGUUCUCCGACAGGAUCUAGUCAAUGAAAAAAUUGGAUCGCAACAAUUGCGAAACGAUCUAGAGAAUAUGAAAAGGGAGUUAAAUAAAUAUAAAGCCAUUGGGGAAUAUACGCAAAAGGCAGCCUCUGACGAGGAAAAGUUCAAAUCUCUUGAACACUUAAUGCAAGACGCGUUCAAAAGAAGCCUGGAAUUAAAAGAUGAAAAAAUUCGAGAACUCGACACAAGAUUAGCCGAAUCAAAAAAUCGUAAUAUCCAAAUCCAAGAAACUCUUAGAUCUGUUCAGAGGGACCAUAAUGUUCUCCUGCAGAGGGCUGAAGAGGAUAAACUUUUCUCAAAAUCUCUGUCUAACGACUCAAAAAAUCAUGUCAAAAGCCGAUUAGGUAAUGAAAUUAUUGAAUUGAAAGAUCAUCUGAUCCAAUUGGAAAGAGCUAAUGCUACACUGGAAACAGAAAAUCGUUCAAUGCAAAUUCAUACGAAUAAAUUACAGGAGAAAAAUGACAAUUUAGAAAAGAUUCGCAAUGAAUCGCAAAUUGAAGUUCGAUCCUGUCAGGGUAGAUUGGAAUCCUUACAACGUCAGAAUGCUCAAUUACAAGUUGAUAAUCGAACUUUUCAAUCUCAUCUAACAAGUUGCCAACAACAAUUAAACGUUGCCCAAAAGACGAAAGCGUCCAUUAGUGGCGAACUGGAAAAUGCUCUUAGACAAUACGAGAAAUUACAAGAAGACUGUGAUAAACUACAAAAGUUAAAUGAUCAGUUAAAUGCCGAAAAUGACAGAUUUGCAAAAGAAUUUAGCAAUGCGAAAAGAGCCGGUGAAGACGAAUGGAAACACCGAAAUGAUAUCCUGCAGAAAGAAAUAGAAAGGCUGCAAAAGAGUAAAGCUGAACAAGAAGAUGCUAUAAGGGAAGCUGUUGACCAAGUUCGGGAAGCCGACUUGGAAAUAUGCAAGUUAGGCAAUAAGGUAGACUCUUUAGAGCAAAUUGUUUGUAAAUUAGAGGAAGAAAACAGAGGUUUAAUGCUACAAUUACAAACAAUUCUUAAUCAAAAUCAAGAUUUACUGACUACUGUAUUAGAAAGUAAACAGCAUAUGCACGACGAACAAAGACAUUAUCUAGAAAAAAUGAACGAUUUAAGAAGACAAAAAGAGAAACUAGAAGAAAAGAUAAUGGAUCAAUAUAAAAGAUAUGAACCAUCACCUAAAAGGAAAACUAGUUUUGCCGCCAACCUAGUACGAAGAGCGAAAGGUAUGAUGACAAGAACUAAAAGUAAAGAAUGGGGUAAAGCAAGCGAAAUUAAAGAAGGAGAAGAAAACUCUAGUUUUGGAAGUGGCAGUUUCGGUAGUGGAAGUUUCGAUGAAAGUGGAGUAAGAAGAGGUGGCAAAAAAUCUACUCCGUCAUCGAUGUCAAAAUCGAAGAAUUUCGCACGAUCGACAACCGCAAUUAAUCUUGUUGGUAAUGGGCAUACUUCAAACAUUAUGCGUAGUGCAAAAUCAAGCGAAAAUCUAUUUGGUGAUGAUAUGGAUAGUAGCUGGAACACUUCUAAUUCCAAACGAAAACACGUCAGAGAUCUAAGUUUGAUGAUAAAUUCUUCCGAUCAGACAAGCAUUUCUGAAGAUGGCCCAGAGGAACAAAUAACUCUUAGUCAAUUUUUGAAUGAAAGUAAUAAAUCUCCUAAAUCUAGGAGAAAAUUCUUACUAGAAAAGAAAGUCGAUCUAACUGCGCCCGACACUGAAGCAGAUAUUAAAGAAACUGAUCUUGCUAAUCAAGGCCCGAGAUCUGCAACCAUUAUGGAUGAUGAUGAGCAGAAAGCUCUGCGGCAUCAGACUCGCGCCAAGUCUGAAAUGAACAUUCCAAUUAGUCAAUCUCCUCAAGCCCGUCCUCAUAGCGUAAUGGGUAUGCCUGAUCAACAGCCUCAAACUACGCAAACUCUUCCAAGACAUUAUUUUAGACCAAAGUCGGCUGUACCAUAUGAAUCUGACCAAAAUGGAUAUCAAAAUCGACCAAAAGAGAGGGAAAUGCGAACGGAUUCUUAUGCACCGGGUAGUGUGAGAAAUCUUGUAAAAUCGUACCAUGAGGCUGCCAACAAUCGCCCUGAGCCUCCGGCUCCACCUCCCAGAAGAGUACGACCCAUUAUUGGAAAUCCAAAAUCCGCAUUUUCAAGACCCGAUUCAGGCCGGAAAUUACCUUCAACUCCAACUAGUGCUGGUUCGACACCGCCAAAACCGGAUGCAAAGAAAAAACCUGGUAUCUGGUACGAAUACGGAUGCGUUUAA